AUGAGUGUAAAUUAUAUUCAUUUUAGAAAUAUUUUAAAAACUUUUAUCAUUGCAGUGGAACCAUCUCAACUCCAAAAGAGAUUAAUCGAAGCUUUUGAAGUUUUUGAUAAUGCAAGGAGUCAGCAAGUAGAUGUCCGAGAACUUGGAACUAUUAUCAGAUCGGUAGGAUGUGUAAUAACAGAAGCUGAAUUACAAGAAAUACAGGUUGAAGUUGAAGACGUUGAAAACAAUUGUGUUCCUCAAGAGCGUUUUGUCGAUUAUAUGACAAGAGCCAUAACUGAACAAAAAUAUCGACCUGCAGAUCCUGAAGAUUUAUUAAAAGCUUUUCAAGUACUAGAUCCUGAUAGUAGAGGAUAUAUUUUUAAAGCAGACUUGGAAAAAACAAUAACUGAAAUGGGAGAGCCUUUUACAGCUCAAGAAGUGAGCGAAAUGAUGUCAGUUGCUUGUGACCCCCAAACAAAUAAAAUCUAUUAUGAAGAUUAUAUUAGUUUAUUGAUCCCAAAUAUACCAAAAGAAAAAAAUAUCUACUUAUUGGAGCAUAAUAUUCCAAUGAUUCGAGGUCGUCCACCAGGAAAAUAAAAUUUAAAUAGGGAAAAAAUUAUUUGAAAUAUCUCACAGAUAAAAGUUUGCUAUGAUAAUUUUUCAACAAUUUAUGUAACUACAUUCAGUUA